AACAUUCCUCCCUCUGUGGUAAAACUACAGACCUGGAGUUUGUCCACGUUUACAGCCCUCCGCUCCACAUCAUCUCCCACCCUGCAGGCCUGUCCCUGAACGCACCUUUUGAUGCCCACUUUUUUGUAUUUAAAUCCAUUUUUCUUUACGCUAAGCGGACCUUUCUUUGCGUAAAAAAAAGAAACAUGUUUGGCCUGUACAUUGUCGUGUCUUUCCUCUCUGCGUGGUUUUCCGUGGAGUGUAACCCCAGUCCCGUGUUGGGAGAUGUAGUCGUGGACAGAUACGACAUGCCCAAAGAUUGUCCAAGAGAGGCGAAAACCGGGGAUUUUGUCCGCUAUCACUAUAACGCCACUUUUCUGGAUGGGAGCGCGCUGGAUUCGAGCCACCAGAAAGGGGUAGCUAAAGUGGGCCUGAUAGGGGAGGGUCGGCUCCUCGCCGGGGUGGACAAAGGCCUGCAGGGGAUGUGCGUAAAGGAGCGCAGGAGGAUCACCGUCCCUCCUCACCUGGCUUAUGGAAGCACCGGCGCAGGGGACGCAGUUCCUCCAGAUACCACGCUGGUGUUUGACGUCCACCUCCUGGAUCUGUGGAACAACGCCGACCUCGUCGUCACCAAAACGAUCAGUACUCCCAAAGACUGCAAACGCUCCGUGAUGCGCACUGACUUUGUGCGUUACCACUUCAAUGGCACGCUGCUGGACGGCACCGCCUUCGACUCCAGCUACACCAGGAAGCAGACCCAAAACUCUCUGGUGGGCGAAGGUUGGCUGAUCAAAGGCAUGGACGAGGGGCUGCUGGGCAUGUGCGUGGGAGAGAUCAGACACAUCACCAUCCCGCCKUUCAAAGCUUACGGAGAGAAAGGAUCAGGGACAGAGGUCCCUCCCCAGGCCACUCUGGUGUUCGACGUCCUGUUGGAGGAUAUUCACAACCCCAAAGAUAACAUCACCAUUGAGAACCAGGUGGUGCCCGAGCCGUGCACUCGUAGGUCUGUGGUUGGGGACUACAUCCGGUACCAUUACAACGGGACGUUCCUGAACGGCGUGACUUUUGACACCAGCUAUCAAAGGAACAGCACUUACAACACAUACAUCGGGAUGGGAUAUGUGAUCCCGGGCAUGGACCAGGCCCUGCAGGGGGUCUGCAUCGGGGAGAGGAGGAGAGUCAUCAUUCCUCCACAUCUAGCUUAUGGAGAACAAGGAGCUGGUGAUGUGAUCCCACCUUCAGCAGUUCUGGUUUUUGACAUCCACGUCAUUGACUUCCAUAACCCCAGUGACAAGGUGGAGAUCCAGGUCACCUACAAACCCGAGGCGUGCAACGACACCACAGCUGUGAAUGACCUCGUCCACUACCACUACAACUGCACUCUGAUGGACGGGACUCUGCUCUUUUCCUCACACGACUACGAGAACCUUCAGAAUGCAGUUCUGGGGGCGGACAAGGUGAUCGACGGGCUGGACGAGGGCUUGCAGGGCAUGUGUGUCGGAGAGAAGAGGCUGAUCACAGUACCACCUCACCUCGGACACGGAGAAAAAGGAGGUUCGGGUAUUCCGAGCAGCGCGGUGUUGGUGUUUGACAUCGAGUUGGUGAGCUUUGAGAAAGGAGUGCCGCCCGGUUACCUGUUCGUGUGGCUCAAGGACUCUCCCGAAGAUCUCUUUAGUCUUCUGGACAAGAACAAGAAUGAAGAGGUGCCAGUGGAGGAGUUUGGAGAGUUCAUCAAGCUGCAGGUGGAAGAGGGAAAAGGCCGGAUAAAGCCCGGGAUGACCAUGGAGGCGGUCGUGGCCGACAUGUUCCAAAACCAGGACCGCAACAAAGAUGGAGUGAUAACGGCCAACGAGCUCAAACUAAAGGUGGACGAAGACAUAGAGCGUGAGCAGGCGAGGCACGAGGAGUUGUGAGAAGAAGUGGAUGUUUUGGUUUUCUCUCAGGGAUAAACCUUAAAAACACCUUUUCAAAAGAAAGAGCAAUCAGUUUUUAUCAUGUGGCAAAGUUUAUUAUUUACAACACUCUGGACAAUCUUUUUUGAAAUAAGAAAACAAGAAAAGUCUAUUUUUGUUGUACGUGGUUUAGAAAAUACAGCUGAGGAACAAGCACCUUUUGUCCCUGAAUGUCACAUUAAAGUGUUUGUCAGAAAA